UAAUCCACAUUCAUUCUUUUAUCACUGUGUAUGAGCUUUGCUAUAUUAAAUUGCAGUCCAUUUGCAGCAAAGAAAUAACAAUUAUGGUAAAGGUCAUCGCAUGUACUAGUAGGAUUCUCCGUUUAUUUCCGGACUCCUUUGUGCUACACUUCCUUGUCACAUGGACAUGUAUACCCACGUGACAGUUGAAAAUCAUUGUUUUGAAGCUUUCUGUUGAGGUUUUCUGGCCGGCUUCUACUCAAAGAGGAGCCCUCACCUCUCUGCUGAAACAGAAACGACGUGAUCUUUGGCAGAGAGUCGUAUUUUGUACAAAAUGGACGAGGAGUUAGACGUGGAUGUUGAAAGUGCUGAAGAUGUUCCAGACAUCGGUGUGGAGGCCACAGCUGGCACUUAUGAUGAAGGAUUCCACGACUCUGAGGAUGGAGGAGAAGGUGGAGAAGGAAAGAGUGACAAGAGGGAGCACCACAAUCUGUUGGAGAGACGUAGGAGAGACCACAUCAAAGAGUCAUUCUACGACCUCAGGGACUGUCUACCACAACUCAGAGGGGAGAAAGUAUCGAGGGCUCACAUUUUGAACAAAGCUACUGAGUACAUCCGUAAUAUGCAAAAGUGUGGCUCCUCACGAGAGGUACACACUGAUAUUGAUAGCCUGAAACUGAGGAAUGAGAUACUGGAACAGCAGAUCAAAGCCCUGGAACGUCAGAAGACGGCCGGGAGUGGUAAAAAUGCUGAGGAGAUUCUGGAGGAAGUGCAAGAAGAGGUCAUUGCUAGACACAGAGAGGAUCUACAGAAACAGACCAAGAAGAUCAAUUCAUUGCAUGCCAAUUCGAUGUCAUCUCGGCAGGUGAGUGAGAAGAAUGACGGUGAGGGGGUACGAUCAGGAGGUGGAAUCAAGUCUCGUGUCACCAAUGCUGUCAAAAAGGCUCCGUCUGUAGCACCUAUCACCCCUGUCACUAUGGUGACCCCUGAACCUGGCCCGCCUCUCUCGUCCCCGGCCAUCAGUCUCCUAGCCUCCAACUUGAAGAGCACUCAGAACCUGCUCACUGCUCUACAAAAGAGCCUCCCUCCGAAUGCCAACCUGCCUGCUAACAUCAAGACGCUGGCCCAAAGGGUGCUGGCCAACCCUCUUGCCAGGACACAGCUGCAGGCUUCUGCCAGCAAUGCUUUCCGUGGAGUUGUGACAGCCACAACUGUUACCAGCAAACCAUCUACAACCCCCCAGAUACAACCAGUACCCCCUCAAGUAACCUCACAAACCCCCAUUGAUGUAAAACCCCCACCACCUCUCGUGAACGCAACUCAAGUAAAACUGGAAACUUUGACUGAAACAGUAAGAUCUAAAAAACCAUUGGCUUCUAAACCACCGCAAGACUUGACACCUGCUGCUCUGAUAUCAGCUCUUACUAUGCCGGUCACAAACACUCAGACACCUUCACAACUGUCUCCACAGCAGAUCCUACGCACUGCACACUUACUACUGCAGCAGCAAGGGUCGACUCUGACCUCAUCACCAGAAAAAACAAAUGCUCUACCACCUGAAAUCUUGGCUCAAGUCAGUUCCUACCUGAACCUACCUGCAGCUAUCACUAGUGAACACUCGUUGGGCUCUGGAGCUGAGAUGCUACCAUUGGAGGAGGAUAGUGUAGCUGUUACUAACUCCUUCCUCACUGCUGCUCUAACAGGUGGAAUGACCGCUGCACUGGCCAAUGCCGAGACAUCAGAAGCUGAAGAUUACUCUCACACCCAGUCACCAAAACCACUGAAGAGGGCCGGCUCAUGCUCAGAGGAGGACACAGAACAGACCACAAAAAAACCAAGAGUAGUGUUAUAGAACUGGUGAUAGUUAGUGGUGUACUAACUGUUGCUUUUCUUGUUUGUAUGUGUCGUGCUAUAGUUGUAACCCUUUCCUCUAGUGUUGUGUUUGUAUGUGUCUGCUAUGCUUGUUUGUCAGUGA